UGCGCAUGCGCGUUGCGCAGGUCUCCUCGUGAUGAUGACAGCGGAUGACAGCCAGAGUUCCAGUCGGUUGGCCUGAUAACUCCUCCGGGACCGAGUAAACAGCGCUCAGUGGAUACAUCGCGGGGUCCUACCACACCUUAACGAACCAGCUCCUAGCCUCUGUGCCCACCUGAGCCUGGGAAGAUGGUGAAGCCAGACAUCCACACGCUGGCCCACCACCUUAAGCAGGAGCGGCUGUACGUGGCCUCUGAGAAGCAGCUGAUCCAGCGGCUGAACGGGGACGUGCUGAAAACGGCAGAGCGGCUGUACCGCGCUGCAUGGAUCGCCAAGCAGCAGAGGAUCAACCUGGACCGCCUCAUCCUCACCAGCGCCGAGGCCUCACCCUCCGAAUGCUGUCAGCACGCCAAGGUGCUGGAGGACACGCAGUUUGUGGACGGCUACAAGACGCUGGGCUUCCAGGAGAGCAUCUACGGAGAGUUCCUGGCCAGGCUGAGGGAGAACCCCCGGCUGGUGGCGUCCUGCCUGGUGGCCGGACUCGGAGAGAGGCAGAACCAGGAUCACAGCCAGGGGGUCGUCCACACCGUCUUCACCUCCCUCUAUGGCAACUGCAUCAUGCAGGAGGACGAGAGCUACCUGCUGCAGGUGCUGCGCUACCUGGUGGAGUUCGAGCUGAAGGAGAGCGACAACCCGCGGCGGCUGCUGCGGCGCGGCAACUGUGCCUUCAGCGUGCUCUUCAAGCUCUUCUCCGAGGGCCUGUUCUCCGCCAAGCUCUUCCUCACCGCCACGCUCCACGAGCCCAUCAUGCAGCUGCUGGUGGAGGACGAGGACCACCUGGAGACGGACCCGGCCAAGGUGACGGAGCGCCUCACGCCCGCCCAGCAGGAGCGCUUCGGGGAGAAGGGCUCGGAGGGCUACCGGCAGCGGGUGCAGGCGGCGGUGGACGCCAACGAGGCCAAGCUGGUGGCGCUGGUCAACAAGUUCAUCGGGUAUCUGAAGCAGAACACCUACUGCUUCCCGCACAGCCUGCGCUGGAUCGUGUCGCAGAUGUACAAGACGCUGUCGUGCGUGGAGCGGGUGGAGGUGGGCGAGGUGCGCACCAUGUGCACGGACCUGCUGCUCACCUGCUUCAUCUGCCCGGCCAUUGUCAACCCCGAGCAGUACGGCAUCAUCUCGGACGCGCCCAUCAACGAAGUGGCCCGCUUCAACCUCAUGCAGGUAGGACAACUUUUGCAACAACUGGCGAUGGCCGACGAUGAUGGAGACCCCAGGAGAAAGAGCAGCUUGUCCAAAUUUGACAAGCAGAGUUGCGUAGGUGCCUUCCUGGAUGUGGUGAUUGGUGGGAGAGCAGCGGAGACCCCGCCCAUGUCCUCGAUGAACCUAUUGGAGGGCCUGAGCAGGACGGUGUUCUACAUGACUCACGGUCAGCUGCUGACCAUGGUGGACUUUGUGCGCAGCGUGACGGCGGGCGACCAGCUGAGGGAGGAGGAUCACGCCCUCCUGGAGACGCUGGUGGCCACCGUGCCCCUGUCCCGCACCGUGAAGAGCAACAGCCUGGAGAUCACACCCUCCAACACGCCCCAGCUGUCCCCGGCCACCACCCCCGCCAACAAGAAGAACCGCCUCCCCAUAGCGGGAUGUGGCUAUUCAUUCCCAGCCACGGCCCGGAGCCGCAGUCGUACCAACAUCGCCCAGGAGGGGGAGACAGAGGCCAGCUCCCAGGAGUCGGUACAGGAAGUGAUGCCAGAGGAGGUGUUGGUGAUCUCACUGAGCACGGGGCCCCAGACAGUCCCCGGGAUGAUGUCAGAGAAUGAGGUGCUGAACCUGCAGAUGACAGACGGGCCCCAGGGCGACGCCCAGGCCGACGACACCAAGCAGCACGGCAAGCCGGAUAAGACGCUGCGCUUCUCCCUCUGCAGCGACAACCUGGAGGGCACCUCCGAAGGUCCGUCCAACCGCUCCAACUCAGUGUCGUCCCUGGACCUGGAGGGGGAGUCGGUGUCAGAGCUGGGCGCCGGGCCGUCGGGCAGCAACGGGGUGGAGGCCCUGCAGCUGCUGGAGCAUGAACAGGCAACGACUCAGGACAACCUGGACGAUAAGCUGCGCAAGUUUGAGAUCCGAGACAUGAUGGGUCUGACGGACGACCGAGACAUCUCAGAGACAGUCAGCGAGACCUGGAGCACGGACGUGCUGGGCAGCGACUUCGACCCCAACAUGGAUGAGGACCGCCUGCAGGAGAUCGCAGGGGCGGCUGUGGAGAACAUGCUGGGCAGCCUGCUGUGCCUGCCAGGGUCCGGUUCGGUGCUGCUGGACCCCUACGGCUCCACCAUCUCUGAGACCACCAGCGAGCCCUGGAGCGUGGAGGUCCUACCCAGCGACUCAGAAGCAGCUGACCUGAAGCAGGAGGAGCGGCUGCAGGAGCUGGAGAGCUGCUCGGGGGUGGGCAGCACGUCCGAUGACACGGAGGUCAGAGAGGUCAGCUCCAGGCCCAGCACCCCAGGCCUCAGCGUGGUCUCAGGCAUCAGCGCCACCUCAGAAGACAUUCCCAACAAGAUCGAGGACCUGCGGUCCGAGUGCAGUUCGGACUUCGGAGGGAAGGACUCUGUGACCAGUCCGGAUGGGGAGGAGGCGGGCCAUGGGGCACACCAACUGACCUCUCCACCCUCGCAGACGGACUCUCUGCUGGCCAUGUUCGACCCUCUGUCCUGUGACGGCUCCUCCACUGGCACCAUCGUGAGGCCCAAGGUGCACUACGCCCGGCCCGCCCACCCUCCCCCGGACCCCCCCAUCCCCGAGGCCUACGCACUGGGCCAGGAGCCCCGCCACAGCAUGUUCACGCCCCACGGCCUGGUCCAGGCGGAGCUGGAGCACUGCAAGCAGCGCCACUCAUGCCCCGACCGGCUGGUGCGCAGCCGCAGCUCCGACAUUGUGUGUCCCGGCCGCCGGCCCACCAGCGACCCGGGGCUGAACCGACGGACCAUGGUGGAGGAGAGGGACCAGGGCUACUCCCUGGGGCCCACCUCCUCGCCCAGCAAGGACUCCCUGAAAGGAGAGGUUGAGGACAGGAAAGACAGCGACGAUGAGAAAUCGGACCGCAACCGGCCGUGGUGGAAGAAGCGCUUUGUCUCGGCCAUUCCAAAAGUGCUGUAUUGGACGGCCGAGAGUGAAUCACCAGCUCCCAUCGCCGCCUUCCGGAAAAAGGAAAAGCAUGAGAAAGACGACCUGGCUCAUGAGCGCUCACAACAAGACGAGCCCCUUCACAGGCCGAGCACCCAGGCCCAGGCAGCGGAGGACAUCCUGGACAAGUACCGCAACAUCAAGAGGACCAGCCCCAGCGAAGACCUGUGUGUGGAGGAGAGCGUGCACGGCUCCCCCAGGGAUGACGGGCUGCAGAACAUGGCUUCAGACGACCUGCUGGACUCUGCCAGCCAGACGGCGCAUCAGCAGGAUGCCAAGUUCUCCUUCAGUGACGCCAAGAAGAAGCUCCGGAUGGUCCUGUGUUCUGCGGACUCUGUGGCCCUGCCCAUCAUGGCUCCCACCACCACCAGGAACGGACUCCCGGACCACAAUGACCCUGAAGACAAUGAGAUCGUCUGCUUCCUGAAGGUCCAACUGGCGGAGGCCAUCAACCUGCAGGAUAAGAACCAGAUGGCCCAGAUCCAGGAGACGACGCGCUGCGUCAGCCGCUUCGAUGCUCGCUCCUGCAGAAAGCUGCUGGCUGCCAUCGCUGAGGAUUACAGGAAACGCACGCCGUACAUCGCCUACCUGACCAGGUGUCGCCAGGGGCUGCAGACCUCCCAGGCACACCUGGAGAGGCUCCUCCAGAGGGUACUGAGAGACAAGGAGGUGGCCAACCGCUACUUCACCACGGUGUGCGUGAGGCUGCUGCUGGAGCACAUGGAGUCCAGGAUGUUGGACUUCAUCAAAGCCUUCCAGGGGUGCACGGCGUCCGACGAUAAGACGGCCGCGGUGGAGGACUUCCUGCGCUACCUGUACGGCGCCAUGGCGCGGGACACCAUCUGGCAGUACGCCAGCGAGGACCAGCUGCAGGACGCUCAGAUGGCCAUUGAGCGCAGCGUCAUGAACCGCAUCUUCAAGCUGGCCUUUUACCCCAACCAGGACGGGGACAUCCUCAGAGACCAGCUUUUCUAUGAACAUAUCCAGCGGCUCACCCGAGUUGUGACGGCCAAUCACAAAGCUCUUCAGAUCCCCGAGGUGUACCUGCGAGAGGCGCCCUGGCCCUCUGCACAGGCUGAGAUCAGGACCAUCAACGCCUACAAGACCCCGCGGGACAAGGUGCAGUCCAUCCUGCGCAUGUGCUCCACCAUCAUGAACCUGCUGAGCCUGGCCAACGAGGACUCGGUCCCCGGGGCCGACGACUUUGUCCCCGUGCUCGUCUUCGUCCUCAUAAGGGCAAACCCGCCCUGCCUGCUGUCCACCAUCCAGUACAUCAAUAACUUCUACGCCAGCCGGCUGAGUGGGGAGGAGUGCUAUUGGUGGAUGCAGUUCACCGCGGCGGUGGAAUUCAUUAAGACCAUCGACGAUCGCAAGUGAAGCAGAACCGCCACCUGUACGGGCAGACUGCGGGGCCGAGCCGGGAGACGGGGGGGGGCGGCCCAGCCAACUGCUCCCGCAGCCCCCCCCCCCCCCCCCCCCCCCUCCCCCCGGAGCCCUGGCCCCCAGCCUGCUGUGUAUAGCUGUACAUAUCCGACAGACAAUAGGAGGGGAAUACAAAGCAUAUAUGGUAUAAUGUAUUUGUGUUGGACCACAUCCAGGGCAUAGACGGGGUGGGGGAGGGAAAGGCCUCCAAAACAAACAAGCAAGCAAACAAAAACAUACUGCAAAAAUAAUUGGUUAAUCUUCUUCCUUUUAUCUCUUGUCUGAUAGUUUUUUCUUCUUCUCCUUGAGUCUUUAUUAGGAAAUUUUGUACCCAAGGUUAUUAUUUGUAUUAUUAUUAUUGUUACUAUUAAUAUAACAUUAAAUUGAUAGAAAGGAUGAAACUGAUGAAAAAGGGACCACGCUUCCUCGAUUUGAUUCACUGGUUGUGUAUUUUUUCUCUCAAAGCUGAGGUUUCAACUGCGGGUGAAUGCAUUGUUACUUGGGAAAGUUGAGUAGAGGGUGGCUCACUGGAGGAGUUCAGUACUGGAGAGCUCAUUUCAUGAUCACUAUGCUUCUCAUACCGCUAACCAGCCAUAUAAGGGCAGCUCGUUGACUUCAACAUGAAACCGGUCACCUUCUCUAUUCCCUAAAAACACCCCACUUUGAGGCAAUUUGGAAGCAAGGACCCUAAUAUUUAUAUUAAAUAAAUGUUUAUUUCUUCAUUUCUUUUUAAUGCUUCCUUUUAUCCUUCAUAAGGAGGUGAAAUACUUUUCACGUCUGUUUUGAAGAUUCCUGAGCCAACAAAAGAUUUUUAGAUGACUUGCUUUUUAAAAAAAGGUGCCGAUAUACGAGGGCAGUCUGGGACCGCACCUGUUGACGCCGCGGAGGGCAGAUCACUGGUGCGGGUUAGAAACAGGGUCAGAACUGGAAACGGAAAGUAAAAAAUGGUGCCUUUUAUGGCAGACACUGUGUUAGCUCCGUAGAUAUAGCGUUUAGCCUUGCUGUACGUUGAGUUGGUGAGGUCGGGUAAGAACCCAGAACAUUAACUAUAAUCCACUCCAGGAACAGCUUCAUACAGUUCACUGAAACGAUCUCAGCCCAAACCUCAACGUGCAAUUGAGGUGCACGUUAGAAGAAUCUUCGCUCUGAUGCUGGGAGAUCCUACCUUAAGGUGGACCCAGAUGCCCCGCCCCCUUCAUGUCCGCUUGAGAUUCCCACCGUUCCAUUGGCUAACAGCAGAGUCAUCAAUUCUCUUUUGCACUGUUCAGAGGGUUAGCUUUAAGUUCCUCAACAUAGCACCUUGUACUCGUGGUGCAAUGAGACCUGCUGGUUUAGAAACAUUGGAUGCAUCAAACUGCUGUGACGCUAGUUCCGAUCAACCCUUUAUGCGCAAGUGUCUGAACAAAGUGCGUGGGUGUGCGACCUCUGACCUCGCGGAGAAGUGACACGAUGGGGUUGUGAUGAUGGAGCUCUCUACCUCCUCAGAAGUUCAAGAAAGGGACUCCUCUUUGUGCACUUAUGUUUUCUUUUUCAUUGUUAUAUGAUACUUAUACAUUGAAUUUUUCCAGCCCGGUGUUCUGGUGUACUUUGGAGCUCAAAUACCAUUGUAUCAUGCGUUAGUAGUAUCUGUGAUUAACCUGUGAUUACUAAACUCAUUCUCCCCCUGAAUUCCGCUGCGUCUGUCACAUACACAAGUGUGCCAUUCAUAUGAUAUAGUUUUGGAUAUUUCAUUACGCUAAUCGCUAAAUGACCGGACAGCACAAUAUACAGUAGGAUAGAGAAGAGCAUAUAAUCAACACUAUUCACCCGUUAGUGAUGUGUGCGUGUGUGUGUGUGUGGGCGUGUGUGUGCUAGGGCGGUUGUUCUCUCAGUGCACUGGUCAAGUGGGCGUGGGAGAAGAUGUUGUCUUGACUGGCCGUUUGACCCUCUCUCUGGUCCUGCAUGAUGUCAUGGAGCGGUCUGUACAUCCUCUCUCAUGGUAACAGUACAAUAGGAUUAGUAUCUGACACCGAGCAGUAAUGGAGGCUGGGAGGAGGACACUGAGGCCUCGGCUGAUGCCUUUGGAUCAGCUGACAACCGGUGGCUGGUGGCUGUUGGCUCAAUGGAUGUCCCGCUCUCCUUCUUAACACGAGGAGAGCAGCGCUGUCCCUGGGACUUGGAUUGCCUUCACAGCCGCAGUCAUCUGACAGGAAUAUAAUGUUUGUAAAUCCAGCAGUGAUUUAAGUAGAUUAAGGAUGUGACUGGUUGUUACCCUUUGCCCCUUGAAUUAAAUGAGUUAUUCACAUUUACAGGUUACUUGACGAUUAAAAAAAGAAAGCUAUAAAGGGUUUUCCCACACUUUGGUUGAAAACAUGAAUGCGUGGUUUAUAUCCAAGUCUUUUCCUGAUAAAGAGUAUGGACUAAUAGAUGCAGCCAGCAGCGUUGCAUACGGAGAGAGCAUCUCUAUAAUGAUGCUGCUUACAUGUGGAUGUAAUGACACUUCAAUUAGACUAUACCAAAUCUGAUUAAAUUAUUUAAAAUUAUAUUAGAUAAUAGCACCUGGCUAUUGUUUCCAUGUUUUCUCUGACAAACGAGCUGCCCACGGCUGUUAAUGGUGACCCGACCGAAGCAGAAAGAAUUGAGACGUUUGACGCCGAGGAGUCUUAAGGCGGAACCCAGACGCACGUGACAGUGUCAGCAGCUGUAAUUUAGCAUUGAUUGUAUGCAAACCGGCCAGAUGUUUUUGCUGUGGCGUGACUAGAUGGGCUGAAAACAUCUGUUCUGAAAGCUUUACCCUUCUCCCCGUGCUCUGCCGUUUCCCCGUGUACAAUUAGAGUUCAAAGGCUGGGUAGAUAAAUGCAUUUUACAUUUUUAUCUUAAUUUAAAGAUGGCUUGCACACAUAUAUGGUCCGGGAUAAGGCACUUUGUCAUUACUGUGAAGAAUGCAUAAUUCUUUGAAAAUAAAAACAAUAAAUGAAGCAAAAACGUUA